AUGUCCUCCCUCGUCGAAGUCGCCUCUGAGGCCGAAUUCCCUAACAUCAUCUCCUCCAUCCCCCCGUCAUGCCUGCAGGUUCUCUACUUCCACGCUCCUUGGGCUGCUCCUUGCGCCCAAAUGCGCGCCGUCCUCUCCGCCCUCGCCUCUCAGUACCCCGCGACCAACCCUCCCUCCAUCGCCUUCCUCAGCGUUAACGCCGAGGAGCUCCCUGAUAUCUCGGAAGAGUACAAUGUCACCGCUGUUCCCUUCGUCGUCCUCGUCCGGGACCACAAUAUUCUCGAAACCAUUAGCGGCAGUGAAGCAAUCCAAGUGCGCGAUGCCGUUGAGCGCCACGCCGGUGCCGGUGCCGCCGCCUCUGCAGACGGUGCUUCCAAGACCGUCAUCCCCCCACCAUUGACAGCCGUGCCUCGAGAGAACGUCCCCGCCACCGCUACACAGGCGCCCGCCACGAACGGCAACGCAGCCGCCCCCGCAUUGACCCCCGAACAGUCGAAGGAGGCGCUGUUUGCGCGUCUCGCGGAGCUAGUGAAGGCUGCGCCGGUCAUGCUGUUCAUGAAGGGAUCUCCCAGUGCGCCUCAGUGUGGCUUCAGUCGGCAGAUUGUGGGUAUUCUGCGUGAGCGGAGCGUGAAGUAUGGAUUCUUCAACAUCUUGGCCGAUGAGGAUGUGAGACAGGGCCUGAAGGAGUUUGCGGAUUGGCCUACCUUCCCGCAGUUGUGGGUGGAGGGUGAGUUGGUUGGUGGAUUGGAUAUUGUCAAGGAGGAACUCGAGAACGAUCCCGAUUUCCUGGACCGCUUCUCCGUCAACAAGCCCGCUGCUUAA